GGCUGUGCCGGCUUCACCCUUUGCACCGACGGGGCGGCCCCCCUCCAGGCUUCCCGCAACAGCAGCAGCAGCCGCGGCCCCGACUAGCCAGCCGAGCCCCCCGACGGCUCCGCCCAGGGCUCGGCAUUCCAGCGCCGCCUCGCCCUCGACGGCUGCCCUGCCGGCCUCGGGGUCGGAGGCGAGUUGCGCGAGCGAGAGGGCGAUCCUGCGCCUGGAGGAGGAGCGGACCGCGGCGGAGACUGCGAGCGGCAGGGUCGGCCGACCGGCCGGCUGCUGUCCGCCGGGACCGGGUUCCGUGCGGUGUGAGCAGAGGCGUCGUCGUGGGCAUGCAGCCGGGGAGCGCCGGGGACCGGCUCAGCGGGGCUGCCGCCCGGGGAGACACGAGCGAAGUGCGGCGCCUCCUCUUCGAAGAGCUGGUGCAGCCGGACGCGCGCAACCGCUUUGGCAAGACCGCGCUACAGGUGAUGAUGUUCGGGAACGUUUUCGUGGCGCAGGAGCUGCUGAAGCAAGGGGCCAACCCUAACGUCCGCGACGAGUCGGGCACGGCGCCCGCUCACGACGCUGCCCGCACGGGCUUCCUCGACACCUUGAAAAUCCUGGUGGAAUACGGCGCGGAUGUCAACGUAGCGGAUGCUUCCGGCUCGCUGCCCCUCCACGUUGCUGUCCGGGAAGGCCACGCGGACGUGGUCCUCUUCCUGGCACCGCAGUCCAAGUUGCAGCACCGAGACUCUGACGGGCGGACGCCGCUGGAACUCGCGCAACACCUGGGGCUUUCGCACAUCCAGGGCAUCCUUGAGCAGCUCCUCUCUGCCCCAGCUUAACCCGAGGAGGGGCCACCUUGCCUGGGCAGAGAGAGCUGGAUCAGCACUGAGCCAACUCCUCUCCCUUGUGUUUUUAGGCCCCCCUUCCCCAAAAGACUCUCCCUUUCCUCCCAGGGCCCUGGAACAAAGGCAGCUUCACCUGCCCUACCUCAAGAGUGUGUGUUUGAUUCUAUUUGCUGUUGUUGCUAUUUAUAUGUAUUUUAUGAGCUCUCUUAUCCGCUUGUGAUUUCUCCCCGGGAGCCAGAUGGCCCUUGUACCACCCUGCACUCAGCUUUGGCCAGCGUGCCUUAACUCUAACUACCAUUUUCUGCUUCUUGUCUUGGGGAGGCCCUAGCCGCUUGUAUACGCAUCUCCUUGCAGUAUUCAGGUGGGAUGGGGAGGUUCUGAUGCAGAGAGCAUCCCUGAAGGCAUUGGGGGGAGCUCUGGGUGCGCUUUCUGAGAGCUAUUCCUUCCUCCACGUUUGGCUCCUCUUCCCCUGCAGAGUCCAGAACUCCGCAGCAUCUAACUGCACAGGAUUCUGUUCCCAAAGAGAUCUUUAUCCACCCUGCAAUUUCUCCCUAAUUUCUGUAUGGUCUUCUCUGGGGGGGGCCUUGUGCUCCCUUUAGCCAUUAACAACUGUUUCCAUCUCAGCCUUGUAGUAGUUCUCUUCUGUUAUCUUUGACUAAAAAAAAAAAUGUUUAAGCCUUGUUUUUGGCAGCUUGUUCCCUGUAAUGAAUUUGUGGAUCUGAGCUGUGUAUAUAGUAGAUUUUAAAAGGAGGGCAGAUUUAUUCUAUUUAUUGUGAUUUGCAAGAGUUUGUUUUAUGGGAUGAUUAAUUUAAUGAUUAAAAAAUAUUAAAUCCA